GGUCACAGCAAACUCUCACCGACUCGUAGGCCCACACUAUCGGGCUUGCCCGGUGUGUAGAGCCACCGGCUACACACGCAUCGCCCCACGUUCUCUCUCAUGUUUCUGGUCCCGGUAGUCCGAUUCGGGAUUGCGAUCGUGCGCCUGGGCCGAGGGCCAGUCCGGAGGAUGUCGGGUAAUGUGGAAUUUCAGGGCGUAGGCAAUGCAUGGUCUCUGCGAUGCUCAUGAAUGACUGCGGCAGAGUUGUUUCGCCAGGGCUUCGUCUCACUGCACGAAAAGAAAGUUUACGCGCAGUGCAGCUUUGUCGUCGAAUUACUCCUCGAUUUCAGACGUGGCGUCACCCAUAAACCUGUGGCACAACAUAUUUCUGGCCAUCACAGACAUACCUCGAAUGGGAACACGGGAUACAGGCAGACACUCGCCCUUCGGUCUUCAUUCCCACUCGUGCAAGACGAGACCGGGUGUUGGGGCCUCCACGUUUCGGUCAGCAGUGAACGGAAAAGACGUCUGAGCGCUGGAUGGCUCAGAUUGCAUGGCUGAGAUGCGGUACAACUGGAGGCGAGAUGGGCCACAGGCGAGGGUGGAGUAUCGCUGUUGACGAGUCGAAAGGACCAUCGCGGACAUGAUUGUGCUGAACUUGGCUCUUAUAUCUGGGGAGGCAACGACACCAACUGAUUUGUGCGCAUACGAAAGGGAGGCGUGAAGACUCGAUCGGAAUAUGGCGAGAGCUUGGAGGGAGCCGAAAGUCUGAAGGGAACAGGAGCACAGGCGAGCGACCUGAAGCGGUGGUGGAUUGGCUGAACGAGAACUGGCCUAUCUCCGGAAACUCAUGGACCACAGGCUGGAGUCCGUUAUAUACAGCGCCUUGUCGACGGACGACCAUCCGCAUCCCUUCUCUUCAUGGAACACCUCCACAGGGCGAGUAUUCUCUAUGCGCGAUGCCGUGGUGAAAGGACAACAUUAGGACAAUGCACUUGCAUAAUGAAGAACGAAUCAAAGGGGCUCGCACUUGAGGACAUAGCACAUCGGCUGUUUUCGUUUUGUGUCUAGAAGCGAUGGUAUCAGAGCUCAAACAGAAACCAACUCGAAGAAAGCACAAACUUGGUGGUUACCAUCCCGAUCCUAUGACUAGAGCACUCCUCCACACGACCUCUCCUCCACAACCCUCCCUUGUUCCGACGACUCUUUAACUUUAGAGGACUGCAAGAUACGAUGAUACUACGAGGGGAUCGCCAGUGGAUUGAAAACGUGGCUCCCUUGUCGAUGUCCUCGAUCAUCAUUGGGUUCCGCACAUUUCCCAAGAGCGUGGCCGGGAAUCAUCGACUUCCAACCCAGACAUAUCGGCCCUCAUAUGCAUGCGCUGCUGCGACUUGGUUUGCCGUACCAAGAGUUCCUUUUCGUCGAGUUCCCUUCACCCCUGAAGCGGAAUUUGACCUGCAACGACCCACACUCCUUUGAGCAUGGCUACGACGAUCCACGCUAAUAGCGAUGAACGGGGUGGACGAGCGACUCCCAAGAGGACUAUCAACAGGGCGAAGAAUUUGGUCGAGUGCGGCUUCUGUGAUUUCCUCGCAAUGUCGCCAUGCAUCGGACUAUAUGGGUCGGUUACGUGGACGACUCCAGGACCAAUCCAAGGAUGUGAGCGAUUUCCCUGAGGAGUAGACGUCUCCGCGGGAGAAAGACAUGUCGACUAAUUUGUGAAUGAGUCGCAAACUGAGUUUCAAGCUCACGGCGUACCGCAUGCACGGCUUCACCUGCAGAGGAGAACACCAAGUUGAGCUUCAUUGGAGGAACCAUCCCAUCCGCAAGGACAGUCGCUAGCACUGAGGAGGAGGAAUAGACCGCCCACCCGAUGUAGUAGGCCAAACGGAAACAUUCCCAAUGCGGCCGAUCAUACAGGUAGUCACCGAUUCCGUCCUCUCUUGUCAUCCUUCACCGGAGACUGCAUUGCGCACUCCGCCCUAGGCUCAAGUUUCCUGACGACGUUCUUAUUUGGAGCGACGCUGCAAUCGUGGCGAUCGUAUGCAUAUGAGCAUUGAAGACGGCUGCGCUGGGGUUUCCGACUGUCACUGGAAGUCUGAAGCCGAACGAACCUCGCGUGGAUUGUGCUGAAUCCUGGAUCGCGAUGUUCCGAAACGAAUGUGAGACGCACGCUGGCGCUGUUUUCGGAAUGUCCAAUCCGGGGUAUUUUUUGGGUGUGAUCGAGCGGGUUGUCGUGUGGGAUGCGAAUGGACGGGAUCCGGCGGACCAUAGAGGGAUUGACAUGACGGCGGAGCUUUGGAGAAUCCUCGGGAUCGACUCAUCUCGAGGAACUCCCUGUCAAUUGGGGAUCGCGAAUGCGUCCAUCGUGUGCUGUCCUCGUCUCUGUCAACUUGUCGACACAAUGCCACUUCGCUCUGCGCGUGUAGGAAAACACGGACUUGGGCUCUUGUGCAUUGACGUUGGCGAGACUGACCCAAGCUUUGCGACCUGAAGGCAAUGCUGCAUCUCGAAGGGAUCGAGGGUGAACACUGUCUGGGAGGGGGUGGCCUGAUGAGAUGGAGUUGUUCCGUUGAGAGCCGACGAUUCAAUUUGUUUGCGAUAAACACCGCUCUCGGGGUGGUCGCCGCGCCUCCUUACAUAAAACACAGGCUUCCUUCACACAACACACUAGGCUCGGAUCCUCUCACCGAAUAUCUAUCUCCUCGUUCAGGGCAAUCAAUCAUGGAUCCUCACUUGACCUAAUCGAGUCGACUUCUUGGCUGGAUACCUGCUGUGGCUAUCCUACCUGAAUGCGUGCAUGAGAGGACGAGAUGUCUAUCGUUUCUGUUUCUUUGUAGUGCACGAUUUCAAGCGCUAUAAGAAGCGGAUGGGCCUUUUGAUGUGCAAAUCAAGGUUUAGCGGUCGAACCGGGGGAAUGUAUCAAGCAGACGGGCGGACUUGUGUCGCUUUUCCUGGGCACGGGCAUUAUUUCCCCGCGGCCCAUGACACAGACACAGGUCCUCGACGCUUGGAUUUAAGUCCUUGCUUGUGCUCAGACGCGACUGAGAUCGCCGACUUUUCCUGCGGCCCAUGGACAGGGGUGACCAGAACAUGACGUCAAUUCUGUGCAACCAUCUUAUCUCUGACCUCAGCGUCAUUUCAAGCGGAGGGUACUAACAUACUCCAGGAGUCUAUAUUUGCGCAUGAAUUGGAAUCGUCUCCACGGUGUCACCAUGUAGCGCGAAUCUAGGAGAGUCAUGGAACAAAACCGUGCUUGCAUAGCGUAUUAAUUCAACAUGGCGGAUGCAUUCCAAUCGCAGUCUGGAACCUCCUCACGUCUGCCGAGCCCUUUGGAUUGGCGCCUACAAUCAACUCCCAUCACGGACAUCAACGGUCUGUCAUCUAAUCUUUCGUGUCAGGGAAGAGGGAAGCGACUUAAGAUUACACCAUGUCUCCACAGUAGCUCAUCUAUGGCCGCCAGUGUUCUUUGGGCGAUCGUUCUGAACGGGGCGGCACCAGAACCGAACGCGCAGGGACUGGUUACUGAAGGAGGGUUAUUCACAAGGACGCAUCUCAGGAUCCAGGACCUAGGAGGUUCAAUCGAAACUCUGAAUUGUAUCCGGACACCCUAUCCUUGACUGUGUGGGGUCGGCAAUGUCGUGGUUCGAUCGGCGCAGUGAGACAUGGGCGGGAUAUAAGGCGGGAAGGGCGGUGAGACCAGCACCUCCUGGCAUCUUGCUUCCAACCACCACAACACAACUUCACAUCUUAUGCGCCGAGCUCUAUUGCCUGCCCUAUCCAAACGCACCUCAUUCGAAACUCAUCCAUCAUGACAUCCACCCACUCAUCCCACCCCGCCCCGCUCCCAUACACCCGACUCCCUGACUUGACAGGGUCCACCGUCGAGAACGGCAAGCUCAAGCUCGUCGAGCUUCUCGGCCAUGGCUCAUUUGCCAAGGUCUACAAGGCUCUGGACACCCAAUCGACUGCAUCAUCCGGGGCACCCAUCCACUACGCCGUCAAGUGCCUCUUGAACGGCGAGCCCGGAUCGCAGGAGCACCACAACCUCCAGAACGAGCUCAAGAACCACACACAGGUCUCUGGCCUGCCGGGCGUCGUGGCCCUGCACCGCGCCUUCGUCGAGGGCGAGCACGUCUUUGUCGGGAUGGAGCUCUGCGACACGGACCUGAACCGCUUCGUCAUCGAGCACAAGGACUGCGACGAGCAGUGCGACGUUGCGAAGCGGGUGUUCUUGGACGUGCUUGAUGCCGUCGAGACAUGCCACGCUGAGGGUGUGUUCCACCGGGACCUGAAGCCCGGGAACAUCUUGUGUGACGCCGACGGCAAGAACAUCCGAAUCGCCGACUUUGGUGUUGCGACUCGGUCUGAAGAGUCGAAACAGUUCGGCGUUGGGACUGCUGUGUUUGCGAGUCCUGAAAACAUGGACAACACCCGAGACACCUACUCCCCUCGCGGGACGGACUGCUGGUCGCUGGGUGUGAUCCUGAUCGCCCUCAUGACGAGCAGCCUUCUUUGGAAGGCACCCGUGGAGUCCGACGACACGUACUGCGCGUACCGCGCCGACCCCACGCACUUCUUCCGCGGGACGCUCGACCUGAGCCCUUCAUUCAGCUCGCUCGCGAACCGGAUCUUCGAUCCCAAUCCGGCGCGCCGGCCGAGCAUUCCAGAGCUGCGCACGGAGGUCGAGACGAUGGACACGUUCGUCGUGCCUCCGCCCGUAGAUAUAGUUGCUCUGGCUCUGCAGAACCCACUGCACAAACCGAAGAAGAGCAAGCGCCGGGCGACGCCGCCUCCGGUGAGUAGCAAUGCGACCACGCCUCGGCGCUCGCUGAGCAUCGCGUCGUUGACGAAAAAGCUGAGGAGGCUCGUGCGUCGUCGGUCAAUGUCGUAGUCGAAUUCACAGCUGUCUGUCUCGUAGAAAUUCGGAAUCCUAAUCACAUCACAUUCCAUACU